AUGGCCAGGCAUCAAGUCGUGGAAGUAGCCCAAUGCCCUCGAGACUAUGUGAGUGAGGUCCUAUUGCUCGAAGACCGGCGUCAGAUAAUUGUGACGUCCUGGGAUGGGCUUUUGACUGUGUAUGACUACGAGGUAGAGCACCGAACCGUUAGUUUGAACUCACGAUUACGGCACGAAUGUGCCCUACUAGCAUGCUGUUACGUUGAUACAUUUCAUGGCAGGCAAAUUUAUGUGAGCAGUGUGCAGGGCGAAGUUUUACAGGUUGAUCUAGAGUCGGAAGGGUUCAUUCCUGUGAAGAAUAAUUAUGCGACGUUGGGUAUUCCAUGCAUAAGCGACUUUCAAGGCCAGUUGAUCUGCGGGUCCUGGGAUGGUACUUUGCAAGUGGUCGAUUGCGAGACGAAUUGUGUGGUACUGCAAGAACGUUUGAGUGAUGGAUUAAAGGUCAUUUCGAUGGAUGUUGAUAAUGAAAGAAUGGUGAUAGCAACUAGUAGAAACAAAGUACGAUUAUUUGAACUACCGUUGAGACCAAAAGACAAGGGCACGGAAGUGGAGUCUGGUCUAAAAUAUCAGGCCCGUAAGGUCAAAUUGACACCUCAGGGUGAUGGUUACGUUUGCAGUUCCUUGGAUGGUCGUGUAGCCGUUGAGUACCUCGAAGACGAAUCACGAAAAUUUGCAUUUAGAUGUCAUCGAUUAAAUCUUGUCGAUACAAGUAUGGUUUUCCCAGUCAAUGCUCUGAGCUUCCGACCUAACUCGAAUGUACUUUACACAGGUGGAUCUGAUGGAUCUGUAUCGUGCUGGAACCUAACAUCGCGCAAGAAAGUAGAGCAACUGCCCAAGUUCAAUGAGAAUAGUGUUGUUCAAUUAGCUUGCAAUGAGCAAGUAUUAUGUGUGGCUACGUCCGAUGACUCUUUCAAGACAAACGCAACUAAAGACGAAACUUUUGAAUUACAACCCAGUAGACUCUAUAUAGUAUUCCUUUGA